AUGUUUCCAAAAUCGGGGAAAUCAAUUGUCUUCGGCAACUUUCCUGAUCCUACUGACACGUGGGAAAUCAUUGAGACGAUUGGAAAGGGGACCUAUGGGAAAGUCUACAAGGUGCUCAACAAACUAGAUGGAAGCAAAGCAGCUGUGAAGAUACUGGACCCCAUCCAUGAUAUCGAUGAGGAGAUUGAAGCAGAAUACAACAUCCUCAAAGCCCUCUCUGACCACGCCAAUGUUGUCAAAUUCUACGGGAUGUACUACAAGAGAGACAUGAAAUGCGGGGACCAGUUGUGGCUAGUCCUGGAGCUUUGUAAUGGUGGCUCAGUGACAGAUCUUGCCAAAGGCAUGCUGAAGAGAGGUGACAGAAUGGAUGAGUCCAUUAUUGCCUACAUCAUACACGAGGCUCUCAUGGGGCUCCAACACCUGCAUGUCAACAAGACCAUCCACCGUGAUGUGAAAGGCAAUAACAUUCUGCUGACCACACAAGGGGGCAUUAAACUUGUGGACUUUGGUGUUUCAGCCCAGCUGACAAAUACCCGACUGAGAAGAAACACCUCGGUGGGAACUCCCUUCUGGAUGGCUCCAGAGGUAAUAGCAUGUGAACAGCAGUUGGACUCGACCUACGAUGCUCGCUGCGACGUAUGGUCCCUAGGCAUCACCGCCAUAGAGCUGGGUGAUGGAGACCCACCUCUUUCUGACCUCCACCCAAUGAGAGCCCUCUUCAAAAUACCAAGAAAUCCUCCCCCUACUCUGCAGCAGCCAGAGCUGUGGUCCGACGACUUUAACGACUUCAUCUGCAAAUGUCUGAUUAAGGACUUUGAGCUGAGACCGAACGUUUUAGAUCUUCUCCAGCAUGUGUUCAUCAAGCAGAUCGUUGGCAGAGAAAAAGUCCUUCAGAAACAAUUAAUGGAACUUAUUGAUCUCAACCAACAAGCGGGAAGCAUUGAGAAAACAAGCCAUCAUGGAAAGACAGAAAGAAGCACAGACAGUAACGACAGGCAUGAGCGCAUCCACACAAAGAAAGGCAGUCAUUUGAAGAUGCAGCUCACCCCUGAUGAGGUGGAUGACCUUGCCACCCUAGAGGCUUUAGAUGAGGAUAUGGUCACAGAUCGCCUCCAGAUUCGCUAUGAAAGCGACCAAAUUUACACCUACGUUGGAGACAUUCUCAUUGCAGUCAAUCCUUUCCAUAAAAUGGAGAUUUACACUCUGCAGUACUCUAAGAUGUACAUAGGAGCUAAGCGAACGGCUAACCCACCGCACAUCUUUGCCGUCGCUGACGUUGCCUAUCAGUCCAUGGUGUCAUACCAUGCAGACCAGUGCAUAGUGAUCAGUGGGGAGAGUGGGGCAGGGAAGACAGAGAGCGCCCAUCUCUUGGUGCAGCAGCUAACAGCUCUUGGGAAGGCUAACAAUCGGACCCUGCAGGAAAAGAUCCUGCUGGUUAACAACUUGGUGGAGGCAUUUGGCAACGCUUGUACCAUCAUCAAUGACAACUCUAGUCGCUUUGGCAAAUACCUGGAGAUGAAGUUCACCUGCGGAGGAACCGUGGUGGGCGCACAGAUAUCCGAGUAUCUGUUAGAGAAAUCCAGAGUCAUCCACCAGGCCUUAGGAGAGAGGAACUUUCACGUUUUCUACUACAUAUACGCUGGUCUGGCUGACAGGAAGAAACUGGCCCACUACAAACUCUCUGACAGCAAAACUCCAAAAUAUCUGUUCAAUGAGCACAUUAAACUAGGCCCUGACAUAGUGAGCAACGCCUUUUACAAGGAGCAGUUUGAUGCAGUGGAGCAGUGUUUCAAAGUCAUUGGAUUUACUCUGGAGGAACUGGGCAGUGUAUACAGCACUCUGGCUGCCAUCCUAAACUCAGGAGAUAUUGAAUUCUCUGCGGUUGCCUCGGAGCACCAAACAGAUAAGAGCAACAUCUCCAACAUGUCUGUCCUGGAGAACGUGGCGUCGCUGCUCUGCAUCCGCUCUGAUGAGCUUCAGGAGGCCCUUAACUCCCACUGUGUGGUGGCCCGGGGGGAGACGAUCGUCAGGCCCAACACUGUGGAAAAAGCCAUGGAGGUGCGGGACGCCAUGGGCAAGGCCCUCUAUGGCCGUCUCUUCAGCUGGAUCGUCAAUCGUAUAAACAGCCUGCUCCGGCCAGAGAGCAACCUCGGAGAGGAUGACAAGGGCUUUAACAUUGGCAUCCUGGACAUUUUUGGUUUUGAAAAUUUCAAGAAGAACUCUUUCGAGCAACUGUGCAUCAACAUAGCCAACGAGCAGAUCCAGUUUUACUUCAAUCAGCACAUAUUCGCAUUGGAGCAGGACGAGUAUCUGAAUGAGAAGGUUGAUGCACGGAUGAUUGAAUACGAGGAUAACCGGCCUCUACUGGACCUGUUCCUGCAGAAGCCUAUGGGGAUGCUGUCUCUACUGGAUGAAGAGAGCCGUUUCCCAAAGGGAACUGACCAGACCCUCGUGGAGAAAUUUGAAGAUAAUCUCAAAGCUAAAAACUUCUGGAGACCAAAAAGGGUCGACCUUGACUUUGGUAUUCACCAUUAUGCUGGAAAGGUAAUAUACAAUGCUGAGGGCUUCUUGGCUAAGAAUAGAGACAUGCUACCAGCUGACAUUGUCCUCCUGCUGAGAUCAUCAGAGAAUAUACUUAUUCGCAAAUUGGUCACCCAUCCUCUCACCAAAACAGGCAACCUUGCCCACACCAAGGGUAAAGGCGUUAAUACAAUUCGCACCCCUACACGCACCAUCAACUUUGCCAAGAUGGGAGUACUCACGUUGUACUCUUCUUUAUCAUUCAGUGAGGGUGAACCUGGAGAGACCACUUACCACCCAAGAGAAACCACCAACAUGAGAACACACACAGUGGCCUCCUACUUCAGAUACUCUCUGAUGGACCUGCUGUCCAAGAUGGUGGCAGGACAGCCUCACUUUGUGCGCUGUAUCAAACCUAACAAUGACCGCCAAGCAAACAAGUUUGAUCGGGAGAAGGUCCAUGUACAGCUGCGCUACACUGGAGUUCUCGAGACUGCCAAGAUCAGACGCCAAGGCUAUUCCCACCGCAUCCUCUUUGCUAACUUCAUAAAGAGGUACUACGUCUUGGCAUUUCAUGCACAUGAAGAGCCAGCAGUUUGCCCUGAGACAUGCAUCGCAAUACUGGAGAGGGCCAAGAUGGAGAACUGGGCAAUGGGAAAAACUAAAGUGUUCCUCAAAUACUAUCAUGUUGAACAUCUGAAUCUGAUUGUGCAACGGCUCACGGAAUGGAUCGUCCUAGUUCAAGCAUAUGUUCGUGGAUGGUUAGGAGCCAAGCGGUACCGCCGGACACUAGAGCAGAGAGAGCAGAGUGCUGUGGUGCUACAGUCUGCUUACAGAGGGCAUAAAGCUCGGAAGAAAGCCGCUGAUGAAAAAAACAAAGCAAAGUUCGAGGCCUUCAUCAGUCGGUUUCAGGCUGUUUGUCGAAGCUACCUAGCAAAGAAAAAGUACAAGGAGAUGGUUGAUGAGAAGAAUAAAGCUGCAAUCAAGAUCCAGGCCCGUUAUAGAGGGCACAGGGAAAGGAAGAGCUUCAAAAGAAAACGGGAGGCCAAAGAGCAGCAGAAGGAGGAGCAGGCCCUGAAAGAAAAAGAGGCAGAGAGGCUGGAAACAGUGAACAGUAGCCCUGAGGAGAGUGCUUCUGCUCUAAAUCCUGGUGUGAGGGGUGAGGAGGAGGAAACUAAAGCGGCUGUGGUCCUCCAGAGUAACUACAGGGGCUACAAAGAAAGGAAGAAAGAUGACAAUGACAGCGAUCAUACACAGGUGCCUGAAGACGAGGAGGAUGAAGAAUACGUAGCAGUUACAGAAGGAAUUGUGGAUGGGGAAUCACUGGCAGAGGAAGCUGAGAAAGAAGGGCAGGAGAACGAGAAUGACAAGGAGGAAGGGAAUGGACACAGUGGAGAGGCUGCUGGGGAGGAGGUUGUUAGCUUAGAAGAGGAAACCAAGGCAGCCACUGUUCUCCAGAGUAAUUUCAGAGGUCACAGAGAGAGAAAGAGGUUGGAGGAAGAAGGUAAGAUCCCAGCCAGGAAACAGAGAGCAAAGACUCCAGCUGGGGAUGAAGAUGUGCCCAGAGCUGAAAUACCUGCAGAGGACUUGGCAACAAAAGAGGAAUCCAAAGAGCUUCAAGAAGAAGAUGCAGUUUCAUCAAGAGACAUGAGGUCAGAAGAUGCAGAAGAAGCCAAGGCAGCUGUGGUCAUCCAAAGCAACUUUCGUGGCCACAAAGAGCGCAAACGGCUCGAAAAAGAAGGAAAGAUCCCCAAGAAGAGGAAGAAGGAAAAAGAGGUGGCACUAGAAUCUCCAAAGGAGGAAGAACAAGUUGUACAGGAAGAGGAGCCCAAGCCAGAAUACAAACAGGAUCUGUCUGCUGAUGGCAAGGUGGAACAGGACCAAGAAAAAGCUGCUACCGUCAUCCAAAGUAACUUCAGAGGCCAUCGGGACCGAAAGAAACUGAAAGCAGAAAGAGAAGCGAAAAAGCAAGCGAUGGAAGAAGCCACAAUUUACGAUGGCGCAGAGGAGGAAACAAAAGUAGAUGUAGAGGCAGUGGACAUCAGUGAUGUGGAAAUAGAACAUAGAGAUGAAACAGAAACCAAAAUGAAGCGGAUGGAGGAGGAGCAGGCCGCGGUGAAAAUCCAGAGCAACUUCAGGGGCUACAAGGACAGGAAAAAUCUGAAGGCCAACAAAGACACAGCUCAGAGAGAAGCUGAGCAGCUGGAGGGGUUCUCCAAAGAUAUCACAAAGACUUCUCAGGACUUUGCAGCCAUUCAGCAGAAGUUGAAUGACAUUCUGGCCCAUCAAUCAAAUCCUGACAACAAAGGCAUCUUUGUGAAAGGAAAUGCAAUGAAUGGCUUACCUCCCAAGAACCACCAAUCAGCCAACACAAAAGUGUUGCGGACCCCCCGCAGAGCCCAUCAGCCAAAAACCCUCAACACACCAGAAGACGCCACCUACUAUAACCUGAUUCAUCGGUCGGUCCAGGACGACAAACGUAAGCCCAGGAAAAAGGGUCCAGGAAAGCUGCUGGAUGUAGAUGACCAGUACUAUCAGAGCUUGUCAACCAGCAAGUCUGCCCCAUCCAUCUCCAGCGAGAGACAGAGCUCCAGCGUGACUGAGAAGAGGCGGUCUCAGUCUGCAGAGCAGAGACCGACCAGCGAGAGAAGACAGUUCAGGCAAAGGGCCGUCUCCGAACCCCAAACUCCCAAGCCAACCAAAGAAGAGAGGCACUCUAUACCAAGGCUGUCCUCUGCAGACAUACGGCCCGAGGAGAACCCUUAUGACUUCAGACACUUACUGAGGAAGACCUCCCAGAGACGAAGGCUCAUCAAACAUUACUGA